AUGUGCCUAUUAUUGUCAAUAGCAAGUCGACAUCCAUUGUUGGCGAAGGCAAAGGUUCGAACGAAAGACGAAGUUGAACUUUAUAAUUUAUAUUUUACAAAAGACAGUGGUGAUUCCGUUCUUCCGACAAGCAGUCGUGGUAUCAACUACUCUUCUCUUCCACCUCCUGGUCUCUUGUUGAACAAUGUAUCAUAUCCAGAUGAUAGAGAUUUUGCUUUUUUUGAACCACUUACUCAAAGUUAUUGGCCCACUAAUUUUGUUCUGGACAAUACCCAUUCUGAUUUAUGUGAUGAUGAUGAUAUCAAUCUUGUGUUGAAGGACAGUAAAAAUCAGCAACCGUCCUUUCUGAAUUCAGGCAACAACAGUAGCAGCUACUCCAUCUGUUUGGAAUACUUUUGUGAGUGCUCCAUUGAUGCGAAUGUUUGUUUCAAUUUAACCAACUCUCUCAUUGAAAAUGAAAGAUUCCGAAUGCAAUAUUUCCGAAUGAUUAAUUAUUGUAUUCAUUGCAACAAUCAUCAUUCUCGACAAUUCAUAAACUCCAUUUCAGAGGAGCCCGCAGUUGCAACCAAAAAUUCAAAAUGUCUUUCCAGGUUUCCAUCCUAUGAAUUAUUACAGAGGUCGUUAUUGAAACAUUGCAAUAUUGGAAUUAGUCAACAAAAGGUGAAUUCUCUUCUUUCCUCCAAUGAAACAAACGAUGAUUUUAAUGUUGGAAUUAUUGAUUGGAGGUUUUUCCAGAUUAACAAUUAUUAUUCAAACAUGUAUUUGAAAAAUCAUUCCGCCACGAUUAAUGAUAGCACUCUGCACAUGUUCUAUACACUCUUUGUAGAAGAAUCCGUGAAUCCUGUCAUGUGCUGGUGCAGAAAUGAAUUGGGAAAACGUUACGCUUUUCAAUGUGGAGAUGCAUACUACAAUUUUAUUGUUCCUUUCAAGUAUAUUGGGUCUCCUCUUUUACUGAUUAUUCUUCUUUCUUUUUCACUACUUUUAGCAACAAUUUAUAAUAUUAUUCCACUCUAUUUUACCAAAAGAGCAAUUGUGAUAACCCGAUCUAGAACUGAAAUUGCUAAUCAAAUUCAAGCACAUUUCAUUCCACUUAUUUAUUUACGAAUUGCGUUGGAGGAGUGUGUGUUAAAGGAUCUAAGAUCUAUUAUAUUGUUAUUUGAGGUUAUGGGCACCACGAUCUUAAUUACGGAGAAUGUCAUUUGCUUUUUAUGGAAUUUUAGCUUUUUCUUUGACAGCCAAAGCUCUGAUUUAUUGUGGGGAUGCUUUAGAGCUUUGGCAAUAUGGUUCUAUGCUUUCUCCUCCACGGCUCUACUUGUUCAGUGGGGUCAUAUUGUAGAUUUAUUGCAAGCAUCAACUACCAAGAAAUCACUCUCUCGAUUUAACGUGAUUCUGAUUUUGAGCAUCUAUACAUUUAAUUGUUGCAUAAUGGUUAUUGGUGUCAUUGCAUGCAUCGUUUUAAAAUCAACCAUGCCACUAUUUGCGGCCGCAACAAUCUCCAUGAUUGUAGCUCCCAGUAUUUUAAUUAUCUGUUUCACAACUUAUUCUUUUCUCAUAUUUAAGCGCCUUAAACUUGCUAACAGAAAUAUUAGAGAAAUGCGAUUUACCAAAUCCAUGACCUUAUUUAAUGUCUCUUUGAUAUCCGCCUUCAUUUUUGGGAUUGUCUUUUUGCCCACAUUUGUUGUGCGUUGGGAUAUUUAUGGAAUUUAUGUUGGAAUUCACAAGAAUUUGGUGAUUGAUUUAGCGUGUGUGGUAGUUACAGGUUUUUUCACAUACAUUCUUGCAAACGAAGGAGACAUCACCAAAUACUAUCCGAAUGGUUUUGGAAAAUUAGUGCUUUGCAUGUCAUCUGUUGAAACAUCUCCAAAGAUUAUGAUGCCCAAUGCAACAACAUUUUCUCCACCUCCAACACCCAUCACAAGAGCAGGUUUCAAUCCUAUGGAGAGUACAGAGCUUGAUUCCUCUACAUCGAUGUCAACACCUACCACACAAAGCCACACCAUAUUAUCUACCCCGACCAUUCCAACACAUCCAUCAGAUUCUGAUCUUUCCAAAUCACAAUCGAUGAAUCAGGUUUAA